UAUUAGUUUAAAUAAUAUUAUUUUGUAAAUAUUGCCCGGUGCCCAGCUCUACCGUAACCUGUUUCUCAAAAUGAUCAAAGUAAGAAACCCAUCUCUCUCUCUCAAUCAAUAGCUUUUGGAGGUGAAAGUUUUUCUGGUUCACCACUUCAGCUACAAAAUCAAUGAUGGAUUCUGAAUGUCAUACAAAUGUUUGUGAUUGGAAUUUAGAUAAUUCAUCUGAUGUGGAGCUUCGAUUAAGUAAUGAAGUUGCAACAGUUAGAAGUUCUCAUCUAGCACAAACCGGUGAAAUGUCUCAAAAUUCUUCUAGAGCAGAGUCAACUGCAGUUGAACGAGACGAACCAUAUGUGGGUCAAGAAUUCGAAUCAGAAGCUGCUGCACACGCAUUUUACAAUGCAUAUGGAAUGCGUAUGGGUUUCAUACCACGUGUAAGCAAUCUAUCUCGCUCAAGGCUUGACAAAUCUAUUAUUGGUCGAACAUGGGUAUGUAACAAAGAGGGCUAUCGAGUGCCUGAUAAGCAUGGUACGAAGAUUGUGAGGUCACGGUCUCCCACUAGGGUUGGUUGCAAGGCAAUGCUUUCAAUAAAGAAACUGAGCACUGGAAAGUGGUUUGUUACAAAAUUUGUCAAGGAGCACACUCAUGUGUUGGUUCCUGGAAAGGGUCGAAAAUCAUCAAUCUAUAAUCAAUUCCCGAAUGAGCACACGAGAAUUCAAGUUCAAGAGCUAACUAAACAGCUUCUGGUUGAGAGAAAGCGGUCUGCAUCAUAUAGAGAAAUCAUUGACAUUCUAUUUAAGCACAUUGAGGACCACACGCAUUACUUGUCUGAAAAGGUUCAGAACAUAGCAGACUGUGUAAAAGAGAUUGCAUCUGAAGGAAAGAGCGUCAAAAGCUCAAAUACUCUGGGCAAUAAACUGUAAAAUAUAAAUAUUUUUUUCUUUGUUUUUUGAAGUAGUUUCAGUAGAUUGUAACUUAUCUACCUUAAUUGAUUUUUUAGUUGAAAUAAAUACUAUUUUCAUUUCUAGUA